CAUUACUCACCAACCAACCAACUUCUUUUCAGACUUGCCUCCUUCAUGUAAGGUUUGGCUGAUGGUGCAGAGAGGCACGACAAAAAAACGUGCCCCAAACCAGUCGCUCACACUCAAGUGUCCUGUCAGACACUGUGGAGAAUCGUUAGAUGUCACCUGGUGUAAACUCCUCGCCCCGAACCACUGUGACCGGAUAAAAGAAACAGAGAACAUAGAAAUAACACAGGAUAACAAUACAGAAUACAGAAAAGAUCAACUGAUCUCAUAUUUGACUUUCAAACAGAUUUCUGUUUAUGAUGAUGGCUUGUACAGAUGUGAAUUAACAGGAAGCCACCACAGGUAUGACCAAAUUAGUCAUACCAUCAACAUCUCAGUUUCAGACAACAGCAAGGGGGUUGAAGACCUUGACAGUACUUCAGCUGAGUUUCUGAGGCCUGCUGAUGAUGAGGCUGUGACCUGGCGGCCCUACUUAUUUAUCUGUGCUGGCAUAGCUCUUCUGGUUGCCACAUUAACAGCGGUAGCAUACCUAAGGUUUUAUAACUGUAAAGGAAUAUGGAUCAACAAGCCAGCAAAGGUACAGGAAAUGUCAACCCACAUGAUACCCGACCUCCCUAAGAGUCCGCCUUCCACUCCUGUCCUGCAAGCUCACUUCUCCAUUCUGAAUGACCUCUACUCUCCAAGUAGUGUAGGGACACAACCAGCGCCACCUUGCCUGAUUACCAAUGGGAACCAGCCUUUGGCAAACAGCACAAGUCAAGGUUCAGACAGUGUAGUGUACACCGCUCUAAACCACAAACAGUCUGGGAAACCUGCCAGAAAACAGCAUAUUGCAACCAAACAAGAAAGUUCGUAUGCCACCAUAAGUGUUUUUUGAAUAUUAUUAAUUUGUUAAACAGAAGACACACAGCACUGAGACAUGGAUGAAAAAUAUUAUUUGAGUUUUUAAACUUUGUUGGCCAAAGUUUGUAUAAAAAGUCAAGU